AUGUUCUUCCUCUUGAUGCAUUUGGUACUGCUAGGCCUGUGGUGUUGUCCCAUCAUAUCAACGGCUAACAUUUCGUACCCAAAAAAUCUGCCAUGUGAAGUUGAGACCAACGGGAAUGUGGUGAAGGUGGACUGCACUGAGAUGAGCCUCAAAAAUGUCCCUCGUGGCAUCCCAAGAGAUACCACCAAUCUGACGCUCACCAUCAACCAUAUCCCUAAAUUAAACUCCACCUCCUUUUAUGGUCUGGAUAAUCUGACUGAGAUUGACAUGAGAUGCAACUGCGUGCCCAUCAAAAUUGGCCCCAAGGACCGCAUGUGCACAGAGAGUGUGACAAUAGAGGAAAAUACCUUUACCAGCCUGAGGAAUCUGCGAGCUCUUUAUUUAGAUGGUAACCAACUCAACAUGAUACCGAAAGGCCUGCCGUCAAAUCUGAUCCUGCUGAGCUUGGAAGUGAAUCACAUUUAUCAUAUUUCUAAAGCAAACCUCUCUGACAUCAGAAAUGUUGAGAUGCUCUACCUCGGUCAAAACUGUUAUUUUCGUAACCCAUGUAAUGUAUCCUACGUUAUUGAGGAUGGUGCAUUUUUACAGCUUAACAAUUUAACUCUGUUAUCUCUUAAGUCAAAUAACUUAUCCUUUAUCCCGCAUCAGCUACCCACAAGUCUGAAGGAGCUGUAUCUCUAUAAUAAUAACAUUACAGAGGUCACCGAGGAAGAUUUCAAAAACUUAACCAACUUGGAGAUUCUAGAUAUUAGCGGGAACUGUCCUCGGUGUUACAAUGCCCCUUUCCCAUGCAAGCCAUGUCCAAAUAAUAUGCCACUUCAAAUCAGCAAGAAUGCUUUUAAAAUGCUAACAAAACUAAAGAUACUGCGCCUGCACAGUAAUUCUCUAAUACAGGUGCCGUUUGAAUGGUUUACUAGUGCAACAGAACUGAGAGUCCUUGACCUAUCAACAAACUUUUUAGCAAGAGAUAUAGGAGUCACCAACUUCCCAAAAUACCUGGGCAAACUGGAAGAACUGGACCUUUCAUUUAACUAUGAGCUUCAGAGGUACCCUCAAACACUGAGACUGAGCUGCAGUUUUUCCUCCCUACUAUCCCUUAGAAUUUUUAGAAUAAAGGGCUUUGUGUUUCAGCAGCUAAGCGCAGAGAGCAUUGCUCCUUUAAAACUCUUACCAAACUUGGAAGUUGUAGAUUUGGGUACAAACUUCAUUAAAAUGACAAACCUUAGCAUCCUGAUGGAAUUGAAAAGCUUUAAGAUAAUCAGUCUGUCUGACAACAAAAUAUCUUCCCCAUCUGACGGGCAAGACGGUGUUGGUCUCUUUGGAGGAGAGCCCUUGCUGUGGUCUCCCAUGACAGCUGCAACUCAGUACCAAGGUAAUGAAGUAAGAGAGAUUCAUUACUUCAGAUAUGAUGAAUAUGCUCGCAGCUGCAAAUACAAAGAUAAAGAACUUGGUGUUGUUACAUCCUUUGUCAACAAGAAAUGCAGUCAGUUUGGCAAAACCCUGGAUGUAAGCAGGAACAACAUUUUCUUCUUGCAUUCAAGAUUUUUAAAUCUUAGAGAGUUGAGAUGCCUCAAUCUGUCCGGGAAUGCAAUGAGCCAAAGUCUGAAUGGCUCUGAAUUUACCUAUCUAAAUAAUUUACAAUAUUUAGACUUCUCAUCAAAUCGCCUAGACCUGCUCUACCCCACUGCAUUUCAAGAGCUGAAAAAUCUGGUUGUCUUGGAUAUAAGUAACAACAACCAUUAUUUUGAAUCUGAGGGCUUGACUCACAUGCUUAAUUUCACCACAAAUUUAAAAAAUCUCAAGAUAUUAAUGAUGAACCACAACAAGAUCUCUACUUCCACUAACACAGAGUUGGAGAGCCAAUCUUUGGAAAGGCUUGAGUUCAGAGAUAAUCGGUUAGAUAUGUUGUGGAGAGAUGGUGACACCAGAUAUUUCAAUUAUUUCAAGAAACUGCUUAAUCUGACAGUCCUUGACAUUUCAUAUAACAACCUCAAUUUUAUUCCACCACAAGUAUUCAGUGGUCUACCAGACAAGCUGUCCGAGCUUUACAUCAAAAGCAACAGACUAAAUUCAGAAUCCUUUCCUUGGGAGAAACUGCAACUCUUACAGUCUUUGCAAGUUUUAGACCUUAGUGGAAACAGCUUUACCAAUGUUCCCAACAUGUUGUCAGCCUGUACCAAAUGUCUUAAGAAGCUAAUUUUACAUAAAAACAAAAUCUUAAAACUCACGCCAGAUUUUCUCAAAGAUGCUUACAACUUAAAAUACUUGGAUCUUAGUUUUAAUCGCAUACAGCACAUUGAAAAAUCAAGCUUUCCAGAUGAUGUUGUUAAUCAGAUGGAUAUGCUGCUUUUACACAACAAUAGGUUCCUGUGUACAUGCAAUGCCACUUGGUUUGUCACAUGGCUCAACAGGACCAAAGUGUCCAUCCCCAAACUAGCCAAAGAUGUCACCUGUGUCGCUCCAGGUGCACAGAGAGGCCAUCCAGUGAUCUCAGUGGACCUGCUGGCUUGCCAGCACAGCUACUUGUCAAUCAUCCUUUACACCCUCAUGACUUCCAUCAUCCUCAGCUUCCUCACCCUGUCCAUCUCCAGCCAUCUAUUCCUGUGGGAUGUCUGGUACAUUUACCACUUCUGCUGGGCCAAGCUCAAAGGCUACAGCCGCCUGCAUUCCCAGAGUGCAGUCUACGAUGCCUUUGUGAUAUACGACACAAAAGAUCCUGCAGUGUCAGAAUGGGUGACAAAGGAAAUGUGCGUCCACCUGGAGGACCGUGGAGACCGUCGCCUGACACUGUGUCUGGAGGAACGAGACUGGAUCCCUGGGUGUCCCCUGAUCGACAACCUCUCCCAGAGCAUUCACAGUAGCAAGAGGACUGUGUUCAUUCUCACCAACAAAUAUAUUAAAAGUGGGAACUUCAAGACAGCUUUCUACAUGGCCCACCAAAGACUGAUGGAUGAAAAAAAUGACGUUAUCAUACUGAUCUUCUUGGAGAAAGUGCCUUGCAAUUCAAAGUACCUGAGAUUAAGGAAGAGACUGUAUAAGAGGUCUCUCCUGGAGUGGCCAACAAACCCACAAGCCCAACCAUACUUCUGGUUCACACUGAGAAGUGUAUUAGCAACUGAAAGUCAUAAACAAUACAACAACCUUUUCAAAGAGACACUGUAAAUGACAUUCAU